AUGGGUCUCACAAUUAGCAAGCUCCUGUCGCGGCUGAUAGCCAAGAAGGAGAUGAGGAUCCUUAUGGUGGGGCUGGACGCUGCUGGUAAGACAACCAUCCUCUACAAGCUCAAGCUCGGAGAGAUCGUGACCACCAUCCCAACCAUUGGCUUCAACGUGGAAACCGUGGAAUACAAGAACAUUAGCUUCACCGUUUGGGAUGUGGGCGGCCAGGAUAAGAUCCGCCCCCUGUGGCGGCACUACUUCCAGAAUACACAGGGGCUCAUCUUUGUGGUGGACAGCAACGAUCGCGACCGUAUCGGCGAGGCCAGGGACGAGCUGCAGCGGAUGCUCAACGAGGACGAGCUGCGCGACGCGGUGCUGCUGGUCUUCGCCAACAAGCAGGACCUGCCCAACGCCAUGAACGCAGCGGAGAUCACUGAUAAGCUGGGCCUGCACUCCCUCCGGCAGCGCCACUGGUACAUCCAGAGCACGUGCGCGACGUCUGGCGAGGGCCUGUACGAGGGCCUGGACUGGCUCAGCAACAACAUCGCCAGCCGCGGCUGA